AUGAAAAAACUUAAGGCAAAAGCCUCAACGCUAUCUAUAUUUAAUGGCCGUAUUUCUGAUUCAUCCACAUCCAGUAAUGAUGCAUCCUCCAUAGUUUUAUCAGUGAAGGAGAAGAGACGCGCAACUUUUAACGGUUUCAGUAAAUCGACAAUAUUUUCAAUAUAUAAUCAAUCGGCGAACUUAACGCAAAUAGAAAAAUCGACCUUGGAGUUGAUGAAUGAAGAUAUAGCAAUUAGUGAGGAUACAAUUAAUUCGCAGGAUUAUGGCGAGUCUUCGAAUGCAGUUGGAGCUGAGUUGAGUGAUUAUGACAAAAUCAAAAUAGUCGGGCAGGGUUCAUUUGGCAUUGCCGUGCUUUACAAAUGUAAAACCGAUCAACGUCAUGUAGUAUUUAAGCAGAUUAACCUGAAUAACUUGAGUGAGGCCGAGCAAGAUUUGGCCAUGAAUGAAGUCGAAGUAUUUUCGAAAUUACAUCAUCCAAAUAUUAUAAGCUAUUUUGGAAGUUUCGUAAAAGAUAACACUUUACUGAUCGAAAUGGAAUAUGCUGACGGUGGGACGUUGGCUCAGGGUUUAGCAGCUCGUAAAAUUCCCGAUUACUUCCCCGAACGCUACAUUAUAGCGGUUUUCGAACAAAUUUCGAGCGCAAUUAAUUAUAUGCAUGAUGAAAACAUACUACAUAGGGAUUUGAAGACGGCAAAUGUUUUUCUUAAUUCCCGCGGUAUAGUCAAAAUCGGUGAUUUUGGUAUUUCGAAAAUCAUGACAACCAAAAUUCAUGCCCAAACCGUUUUAGGCACGCCUUACUACUUUAGUCCAGAAAUGUGUGAAGGCAAGGAAUAUGAUCACAAAAGCGAUAUCUGGGCUUUGGGAUGCAUUUUAGGUGAAUUGUGUUGUUUGCGUAAGACCUUUGCAGCUUCAAAUCUAUCCGAGUUGGUUAGCAAAAUAAUGGCGGGUUCUUAUACGCCCAUACCCAUGGGUUAUACUUCAGCCUUACGAAGCUUGCUUAGUAAUUUGCUUCAGGUUGAUCCGGCCCAUCGUCCCAAAGCCUCGGAAAUAUUGGAGUACUGGAUUCCAUUGAUCUUUCGCAGUUUAGGAAAAAAUAAAGGAUAUUCGUACGAAGACGACAGCGAAUCAAUUAAGAAUUCGCUUUCAAUAAUCAGUUCAGGAACAUUAUCACUUCAUAAUAACACUUCGCCAGAUCGCAGCUCCCGCCAAUCCACAACAGCUAACCUUGCUACAGCUCAAACAGUAACCAAGGAGGUUAUGAAUGCUCAGACAGUGGCUCCCAGUGAGACCAUAGAGAAAAGAUCGGUUUUAUAUCAGGUCAAGACUUUUGGUAAGAGCUUUGACAUGAAUCCUAUACAGUUACCACCGAAAGCUUAUAUAUUAACUGUAGCUACUAGUAACACUCAUUUUGUGGUCGUGAAUAGUGAUGGAUCUGUGUAUACGUGGGGCGAAGGUUCCCAUGGACAAUUGGGUCUAAGCUCUUUAGAAGCCUGGAAACAUUAUCCCAGCCGCAUGGACUCCAUAAGAAAUCAUCAUAUUAUCAGCGCUUGCGCCGGCGAGGGUUUUACCAUACUUUUAACUCAAACAGGUGGAAUUCUAAGCUGCGGUGACAAUUCAAAAUAUGCUUUGGGUCACAAUGACAAUAAAAUCUAUCACAGUCCGAAGUUUAUUGAAAAAUUAGAGGAUAUCAAAAUUAAAGAUAUCAAAGCGGGACUUACGCAUGUUUUGGCUUUAAGUGUGGAAGGCUUCGUUUAUAUUUGGGGUACUAGUUCCCAUGGUUCACUAGGUUUAGGUGAAUUGCAAACACAACAGAAAACUCCUCAAAAAAUUUUGCUUUCUCAGGCGAAAAAUAAAGUUAAAAAAAUAUUUUGUGGACCUGAUACUUCGGCAAUCCUCUUUGAGAAUUGUGAUAUAUAUGUUUGUGGUAGCAAUCAAUUUAACAAAUUGGGCUUUGAAAAACCUGCGAAAAUAACAGCUAUGAAAAAAAUGAAAUUACCUCUACCUCGACGAUGUAUUAUGGAUGCUAGCUUUUCAACCGCACACACUUUACUACUCGUUGAGGGUGGCUACAUCUUAACCUUGGGCUCUAAUAGUUUCGGUCAAAGGGGUACUGGGCAUUGUUCGCCUUUGCCAAUCGUGACCUUGGUAGAAUCAAUGAAAGAUCGUUACAUAACUAAUUGUAAAUGCAGCGAGCAAUGUUCAUUAGUAUGUUCCGAUGAUAAUGUAAUUACAUUUUGGGGCACUCGUUACGGCGUUCCUGAAAUAAGUGAAGUGGAUAUCUCGAAAUCGCCGAUGUGGUCGGGACCACACAGAAUGAACGUGGAAUCGGAGAACAAUACUUCUGCUUUUACCAAUUUCUUGGCUUCAGUUUAUAAGUCCGAAUUAAUUUUAGAACCCCAAGAUAUAUUAGCCUUAUAUUCUUCCGCCGAGCAAAUGGAAAGGGGUUACUAUGUUACGGUAAAAGACAUUUGGCCUUUGCCUCACAGCGUACUUGUUCUAGUCGAGACAACGGCACCUUUAAUACCAUCUAUACAAGAUUUAGGACUAUGA